AUGACAGAGUUUUACGAUCUUGGAGCCCAUUGUCAAUUUGAUGGCUGUAAUCAAAAGGAUUUUCUACCAUUUAAAUGUGAUAAAUGUAACAAGUAUUAUUGUUUAGAGCAUCGAACAAUGCAAGACCAUAAAUGUCCAUUCGAUGAUUCCUUCGGAAUUGUUGCCCCGUUUUGCCCUCUUUGCAAUCAAGUGCUUCCAUUUAGAGCGAGUGAAAGAGAGAAUCCUAAUGACGUUGUAGAGCGCCACAUCUCGAGUGGUAAAUGCCCAUCAUUGUCAAAUAACAAAUCAAGCUCGUCAAAAAUUUCCAAAAAUCAAUCGGGAUCUUGCUCUUUUCCAAAUUGCGAGCAACAUGGAAUUCUGACUUGUAAAUCAUGCAACAAGACAUUUUGUGUACAACAUCGCUUGGAUUUUGAUCAUAACUGUGAAGCGUUAAAAAAAACAAACACUUCUUCCUCAAAACAAACGAUGCAGACACCGUUUAAAAUAUUUAGUGGAGCUUCUUCAUCCAUUGCAGCCAACAAGUGGAAAAACAACAAGAAAGAGGUUGGAAAAUUGCUGACUAACAAGUUUCAAAAUAAGCCAUUCCAACCAAUUGGUCAGUCUUCCAUCGAACAACAGGAUCGAUAUUACUUAGAUGUUUAUUUUCCAUUGAAUUCCAACAUUGCACCUGUUCACAUGUUUUUCAGUAAGAAUUGGUCAUUGGGCAAAGUCUUGGACAAGAUUGCUGAACAGGGAAAGGUGAAAAACAAUAACUCCUCAGAGUUGGACAUGAGCAAACGCUUACAUUUAUUCACUUUUGAUGGUGUUCGAUUGCCCACCGAUAAGAAAUUGUGCGAAAUUGAAUCCAAUAUUUUGAAGAGUCGAGAUGGAGUCAUUCUCGAAUAUGGAGAGGCCUUAGAUCCAAAUUUAAUUGAUGAAAAGCUCAAGAAUAUCUCAUCCAAUGCUUCUGAAACAGGAUGUAUCUUAUGUUAA